UUGUUUAUCUUUGGGUUGAAUUGAUUAUAAAAUCUGAGGUGUUUUUAUUGAUUAAUUGGGUUUCGGUUAAUUGUUUUACUCUUGUAAUUGUUUAAUUGUCUUAAUUGUGUUACUAUGCCUACUCUUGAGAUCAAGACCAAUGUUGACCCUUCACUUUUAACUCCCCAAUUGGCGAGUAAAACUGUCGAGAUUGUUGCUAAUGCCUUGGGGAAGCCAAAGUCUUAUGUUGUUGUUUCAUUCACUCCUAGUGUCAUGUCCUGGGGCGGUGAUUCUGGUCCCACCGCAAUUGUCCACCUUGGAUCCAUUGGAAGAAUUGACCGAGAGACGAACAAGAAAACUUCUAAAACCUUGUCAACCUUCCUAACUAAAGAAUUGGGCAUUUCUAAUGAUAAAUUCUACAUCAUGUUCCAUAAUCUAAACAAGGAGGAUGUUGGUUACAAUGGAACCACUUUUGAUGAUUUAAUGUGAAUCCUCUUCCUCUUUUACUGAUUAAUGUUUCUGGUAAAAUCUAUUAUAAUUAAGUAACUCACAAUGUGUUUAUUAAAUUGAUGAAGAAAAAAAAUUUCCGAGUAAUUGUAUUGUAUUCACACGGAAGAAAAGUCAAUCAAUAGUUUCGUAACCUUUGUCAUAUCAUAUCAGUGGUAAGAUAAAAUUCUGGAUUAUUUUUCAUCACCAUGAUCACAGCUAAUUCACCCUGGAAAUGGAGAUCCUGAUCAAUUUAAUUCUAUCACAACAUUGGACAUUCUGAGUAUCAAAAUCUAAUCCAAUUUACAGGAGAAAUGAAGGACAAAUUGAUGGAAAGUGAAGAUUACAUUAAGAUUUCAACUCAAUCAAAUGAAAGAAAAUCGGAUUAAUCAGAGAAAAGAUUAAUCUUUAAAACCUGAUUGUUAAUCCAUGGAAAAGGAUGAACCAGAAACAAUCCCCUAUCCAGAUAAUUGCUAAACAACUAAACCAACAAUCAAAUCUGAACCCGAAAAUUAACCAGGAAAAUGAAGCAACAAUCACGAUCCAUAAAAUCAUCAGGAAAAAUGUUGACCAAAUUGCUGGUUAAACAUUUUUGGGAAUCUAAUCAAAUUAACUUAAUUUACUAUAAAAAAACAUCUCUCAAACUUCAAGAUGAUUAAGAACUGGUUUAACUAGUCUAUGUUUCUAGAUUUAGACAAUCAAAACCAGGAACUUAAUCAGCGUCUUAACAAUAACAAUUUAAAAUUGAAGGAGUAAUGUCAUAACUGUGAAGACAACGGAACAAAAUUAUAACUGGUUAAUCAAGUUAAUUAUCAACAGUUUAGCUGUUUAAUCAUGAAAAGAUUAGAAAAAUUAUCGGGCAAAAAUUACAACAAUUGAACAAUUUGAUGCCAUUUAAUUUUCAAAUUAUUCAUAUUGAUCAUAAUUAUGGUAUCAAUUACAAAUUGGUGAUUUAAAUAAUUUAAUCAUGUAAUUGAAUCAAUCAUUUUCAAUCAAAGUCGCAAUUUAAUCAAUAGAGCAAUU